UUUUUGCUUUAUUUAAAAGUGAUGUAACAACCGUCAUCUGAAGGUCGUUUUUGAUUGCGAGGCUCAAAGUUUGAUUAAGUUUUUAAAAUGUCGGUUUUAUUAUUUAGUGUUGGCGUUGGAUUGCUUUCGGUGGCUGGCACUGUUUAUUAUUUUUUUUGCUAUAAAAAAUGUUCCAGCAGUCUCAAGGGGAAAGUUGUUUUAAUAGUUGGAGCAAGUUCUGGGAUUGGGGAAGCCUGUGCUCAUAUUUUCUACAAAGAGAACUGCAAACUGAUUCUUUGUGCGAAAGAUCUGCCUGACCUGGAGCGAGUGAAGAAAGAGGUCGAGGAAUCAUAUAGGAAGACAGAUGAAAACUGUGAAAGUACAAGUGAGGAGGUCACAAUCUUCCAGUUAGAUAUUUCGAACCUCAAUGAAACAACAAAAAAAAUUAGUGAAUGCAUCCAAAUCCAUGGACACAUAGACAUCUUACUGGGCAUUGCUGGCAUCAGUUUCAGAGGCAAAAUCAUCGAAACUGAAUUAUCUGUCGAUCAGCUGAUAAUGAGUGUCAACUACUUUGGACACGUCGCUGCAACGAAAGCUGUCUUAAAGAGCAUGGUGGAGAGGAGAAGUGGUCACAUUGUCUACAUGAGCAGUCUGCAGGGGAAACUUUCCAUACCAUUCAGAUCUGCCUAUUCUGCAUCGAAGCAUGCCAUCCAGGCAUUUGCAGAUUGCCUCCGAGCCGAAGUUGCCCAGUUCAACGUGAGAGUGUCCGUUGUGAGUCCAGCGUAUGUGAGGACCAACCUGUCGUUGAAUGCCCUGACAUCGAGUGGAUCGUUGCACGGAAAGAUGGAUGAAAAUCAGAAAUCAGGGAUGAGCGCGGAGGAAGUGGGCCAGGCGGUCGUGCAAGCGGUCCUGCUCGACAAGAAGGAAGUCUUACUCGCCAACUGUUCCUACAAAAUGAUCGUAUAUUUCCGCAACUUUUUGUCAGACAUUUAUUUCAUGGCGAUGGCCAGGCGAGCCAGGUCCUCGUGAACGUUUCCAUUCCACCAACAUCAUCAUUAUCAUCAUCAUCGAAUGUUUCCAUCAUCACCGUGAUCGUUCUGAAAACUACUAUCAUCUGAUUUGUUGUUUUUAAUCAGUUACAGCUUCGAUGCUUUUGUAAACUGCUUUGUUACUAUUGUUCAUUUGACUGCGUAUGAUUGUUUAACUGAAGAUAGAAGCAGGCAAUCAUUUAUUUAAAUUUAAUUGAACGUGACUCCAAUAUCUCCAUUCAAUAAUAAGAGUUUAAUUGUUUGGACCUGGGAAUCUGAAUUGAAAAAUAAUUUGUCUCGCUUCAGAAGAAAAAAUAAUAGACUGGUU